AAAAAACAUUUCGGCAAGCACGUGUAGUGUCGUAUCGAUCCGAGGCUAUAGCACUAGGCUUAAUGCCUUAAGACUGAGUCGGUCCAAGGCAUUGUUCAUGUGCAUGGCCCAUUUGGUCAAGCUUGGCUUAAACUUAGCCAGGCUAUAAUGCAGGUGGUGUGAAGUGAUUCCCACAGGUUUAUGUCAACACUGUUGACUAGCAAGCAAGGGCAACCAUGGGAGAAAAGGCAGAGUCUGCAAAGCGAAGAAAAAUAGCACAUGACACCAGUGCUGAAGCAGACACAUCACUCCCAAUUGUCUCUAAGAGCAUAUCAGAGCAGCUGCUAAAAAAUCAGAGUAAUGCUCAGAAGGAAAAGCAGAAAAAAAUUAAGGAAGCUAACAAACUCAUGAAAAGGGAAAAGCGGAAGCAGCGAGUGAAGAAAGAAAAGUUGAAUGCACAUAAAGAGGUUGCAGUUUCUUCCACAAAGAAAACAUCCCCAGAAUAUGCUGUGGCAUAUGUGCAGCAAUGGAAGGAAGAUAAGGACAACUGGAAGUUUCAAAAGCUGGUGCAGGCUUGGAUUCUGCAAAAUCUCCUGGAUGACACUAAAAUUAGCCGGGAGGACUUUCCGCUGGUGAUGGAGUACGCGGCGUCGGUGCGCGGCGCCGCCCGUCGCCGCCUCUCGGACGAGCUGCUGGCCGUGGUGGAGGCGCGCGACCGGUGGCCGUCGCUGCGAGCCGAGGGCCAGAGCCGCGAGCAGGCGUGCGAGGCGCUCGGCCGCGCCAAGCCCUCCAAGCGGGCGUACCGACGCGCCAGCCGGCUCCUCCAGAGCAUGGGCGAUGACGAGGAGUGACCCGCGGUGGCGGCGGUG